AUGUCGCAGGCUGGUAACUACCAACAAGGCACGGUUCAACCCGCCGAGCAAGUUCAGGGCGGCAUCACUUCAAGCAGCGGCUCGUCCACUGUCGGCACGACCUCGACCACCGGCAGCACUGCGAGCAGUGGCGACUACCUCGCCCCGUUCUCGACUGACGCACCUUCGGAUCUCUUCCAGCGCUACGACACCCUCACCACUCUAGCGCCGAUCAUCAACGUGGCGUCCGACUUGCUCACGCGGCCGCUGCCGACCAACAAGUGGUGGGGCAACCUCAUCCACACCACCGCGGAGGAUAUCGACACGGUGGCCAACCCUGCGUGGUCGAACCCGUAUGCACUCAAGCUGCCCAAGGAAGCACCCUACGGUGUGCAAGCCUGCUACUCGUACUCGUACCGUAGCUUUGCUGAUGAGGUGGACGGCGUCGUCAAGUACUACCUGCACGCAUUCCACAACGACCUCACGCUCUCGGCGACCGAGUUCGCUUCGUCCAAGCCUGACUACGAGAUCUACUCGUUCAGCGACCUCGGUGCCAAUGUCCGCACCUGCGUAUCGGGCAGCGACAGCUGCAUGGACUCCGCUCUCGUGAACGGUAUGGCUUUCGUUUCGGCAACCUAUUCGGGACUCACCGCUAGCAUCGAGUCCGAGUACGCCAUGACCAUGGUGGACGACUCGACUGCGGGCAAGUAUGUCAUUCAACUGCCAAAUAACCAGACGUGGGUGGUGUACUCCAGCGACACCAGUGCGUCCUUCUCCAUCGACAGCACCGGAUCGGCAUUGGUGUCAAGCUCAGCCUACACGGGUAUGCUUCGUGUGGCAAUCCUCCCUGACAGUGGCGACCAGACCGUGUACGAUGACUACUCGUCGUGCAUCGUCCGUGGCGGCAAUGUGUCUGUGGCGUCUCGCACUAGCUACUCGCUGCAGUGGGAGACCGAAGGCAGCGGGUGUGACAGCACUGGGCUUCUUCACUUUGCUCUGCCUCACCAGGUGGAGGUCUUGGGCGACGCCACCACGACGCAGUCGAGUGGAGCGAUCGUCCUGCACUCAAGUACCCGCGGCCAAAUGGUGGGCCAAGUUACCACGUCGGGAAGCUGGACGCUCACAGAGGAUGAAGCGGACGACGAGGUGGACUUCUACCCCGCCAACAAGCCGUCUUCCGAUGUUGUUUCGCAGAUUGGUCUGCUUGCCACGCUCCAAAGCGACAUUGAUAGCGACUGGAGUCUGGAUACUGGUAGUUGGUACUACAACGGCAAGGCAUACCAGAAGUACGCGUCGCUGUGCCUGAUGGCUGCUGACAGCUCGGUAGUGGGGGAUGACAGUACGCUGCUGAGCACUUGCCUGUCAAAGCUGGAGGGAAUUGUGGAGCCGUUCCUCAACAACACUCUCGGAUCUCCGCUUGCCUAUGAAACCUCCUACAAGGGUGUUGUCACUAGCCAAGUCUUCACCGCCAACAACGCAGAUGUGGAAUUCGGCAAUGGUGUGUACAAUGACCACCACUACCACUACGGCUACUGGGUGACGGCGUCGGCCAUUCUCAAGAAACUAGACCCGUCUUGGUCAGGCAUGGCCCAGCUCGAGACCAUGGUGUGGACAUUGCUGCGCGACGUCGCCAACCCAAGCUCGGACGACGAGUACUUCCCGAGAUUCCGCCAUUUUUCCUGGUACCUCGGCCACUCGUACUCGCACGGCGUGACGCCCAUGGCUGACGGCAAGGACGAAGAGAGUACGUCGGAGGACGUGAACUUCUACUACGGCAUGAUGCUGUGGGGAAAAGUGACCCAGAACCAAGCUGUGGAAGACCUGGGCAGCCUCAUGUUGCGUCUGAAUGCUCGCGCCGUGCGCACUUACUUCCUCAUGACGUCAGACAACACGAUCCAUCCGCCGCAGUUCGUGCCCAACCACGUCACGGGCAUUUUCUUCGACAACAAGGCGGACUACGCGACGUGGUUCAGCGCCGAGAAGUACUGCAUCCACGGCAUUCAGAUGAUCCCUGUGUCGCCGAUCAACGGUUUAGUGCGGACGACGACGUUCAUCCAGGAGGAAUGGGACGAUAUCCUUUCGAAGGAGGCGAUUGUCACGGGAGAUGAUACCACAAACGCGUGGCUGUCGCUGUUGCUAGUGAACGAAGCUGCAAUCAAUCAGGCGGAUGCGCUCUCGAAGCUGGCGACGGCAACUAUGGACGAUGGACUGACGCGUUCGUGGGCUUUGUACAAUGCUGCCUCGCGCGGAGGAUCGAGUUCGAGCGGCAGUUCGUCAAUCGUCACAGUGACGCCAAGCACUACCACAGCGACACCGGAGGUGACUUCUACUGCUUCUGCUACGCCGAGCGUGACUACUGUAUCACCGACUGCAGCCCCUAUCGCUACCACCGCUGCCCCAGUUGCUACCUCUGCUGCUGUUUCGACUGCGACGCCCACGGUCAAUCCGAAGACGGGAGUGACGACCGCCCCCGUUGCUACGUCGGCCACGUCAAGCUCUUGGAAGAACGAGGUGGGCCAGAGCUUCCGUUAG